AGGAUAUUAUAUUGGUGAAAAUCAAGAAAAAUGUCUUCAUCGGUGUUGAGUGAGGACCCAGUGAAGUUGGAAGCGGGUAACGAAUCUAUCCAAGCCUGCAGAGUCUGUCUGGCGUGGGAUGUCAAGCUGUACAGCAUCCAUGAAUGGGGGCUGAGUGCAGUCUUCACAGAGAUUAUGGGAACAACAUUAUCUAUGUGGGACGGGCUGCCACAGCAUGUGUGCGCGUGGUGCCGCGCGCAGCUCGCGCGGGCGCAGGCGCUGCGCGCGCGCUGCCGCCGCGCCGACGCGUUGCUCAAGCAGGCACUCCUGCACCAUCACUUUAUCACAGACUCUUACAUUCGCACCAUUGACCGCUCCAUGCACGAAUUGACAAACACACUCUCUUGUCAUAGAAGUUCAAAAAAUGUGAUCGAAAUUUCUGUCUAUGAUAAAACAUCAUUAGGUGAUGAUGAUAGCAAAAUCGAAUGUAAAAAUAUAGUACAAAAGAAUGACACAGAACAUGACAAGCCAGAACUUGACUUAAACUGGGAUGAUGAUGAUGAUUUUCCAAAUAAACUGAGCUCUGAUGAUAAUUACGAACAAGAUAAGAUUAAUAUAGAUAAAGUUAAGAAUAAAAUCACUAAAAAAUAUGCUACAGAUAACUUACCAAGAGUAGAAAUAGUAGAAAUUAAUUUAGAACCCCAAGAUAUAAUAGUUGAAGAAAGAAAGACUCGAAAACGAGCAGUUAGACAGAAAAUACAAAAGAAAGUGAAAGAAAAAGUUACAGUUAAAGUAAAAAGUAAAGCAAAAGUUAAAAGUAAAGCAAAAGUUAAAGAUAUACCAGCCAAAGAUAUAGAGAGAGAAGAUGGAGUAAAAGUUAGAAAAAGAAAGCCGCAGAGAUUCAUAGAAAAGUUGGGGACGGAAGAAGAAAUCAGAGAAUUUGAAAAGAAAUACAAUUUUCAAGUGCAGAAUUUGACGGAAGAAGAAAUGGCGAAGGAUAUGGCAGAAAGGAAGAAGUCGGAUAACUAUUUAAAUGGAAUGUAUAAGUGUGAAUUAUGUUACAAAGGGUUCCUGACACAUACUUCUUAUAAUAAUCAUUUGAAGUCACAUGAUGUGACGCGCGGCGAACACGAAUGCCAGUUCUGCCACCUGCGCUACCACACGCCGGGCAAGCUGCGCGACCACAUGCGCAACGCGCACCGGCUGAAGUUCCUAUGCGCUGUAUGUAGCAAGUUCAUGGCCGGACUGCAGUGCGCCAUACUGCACGCGGCGUACCAUUCGGGCACCACGUUCCAGUGCGCGCACUGCGAUAAACAGUUCCUGAAGAAGACGUCUCGCUCGACGCACAUGCGCAUAGCGCACCCGCUCGAGAACGCGCACACCGGCACGUGCGAGCUGUGCGGGGAGAUCUUCACGAGCCGGCAGGGGCUCAAGAUGCACAAGACGCGGAGCCACAGGGAGUCGCUGGACCGCAGCCUGUUCUGCCGCAAGUGCCGCCUGCAGUUCGAGAGCCAGGAGGCUCUGCUGCACCACAAGCAACAGCAGCCUGGGAAGCGGUGCCACAAUAAGAAGAGGUCGCUGGACCGCAGCCUGUUCUGCCGCAAGUGCCGCCUGCAGUUCGAGAGCCAGGAGGCUCUGCUGCACCACAAGCAACAGCAGCCUGGGAAGCGGUGCCACAAUAAGAAGAGCGCGUGCCAGCAGUGCGGCGCGCUGUUCAAGACGGAGGAAGGCCUGAUACAACACAAGCACGAGACACACGGCGUCCAACUGUUCACGUGCGACGCGUGCAACAAAUCGUUCCUGUCUAAAAUGUCCCUGUCUGUACACAUCGAUCGGCUUCACCUCAACAUCAAACCCGGCUCAGGUCGACAGCAGUACUACGCGCGGCUGCAGAGAACUAGAGGAGACAAGCCGAAAGGGACCCAGACUAGGGAAAAGAAAAACGUGUGUGAGGUGUGCGGGAAAUCAUUCACGUGCCUGUCAGUCCUGAAAACCCACCAGCUGGACCACACGGGAGACCGGCCCUUCAAGUGCCCGCAGUGCCCCAAAGCGUACUUGUACGCCUGGCAGCUAAGGAACCACAGCGACUGCGUGCACCGCCGCAUCCGCAAGUGGCGUUGCUCCGAGUGCCCGAAGACCUUCCUGCACCAGUCUUCCGUGUACGUGCACAAGCUAAUCCACACGGGCAAGCGCACGCACAUGUGCAGUUACUGCGGCAAGGCGUUCCUGCAGUCCGGUUCCCUGUACACGCACGUCAAGUACGUGCACCUCAAGGUCAAGCCGCCGCCGCGCAAGCGCAGCAAGAAGGAAGCCAAACCGUGCCUAUAGGGAG